AUGCAAUAUCCAUGGGCUUCAGUGCGCUACUGGCAGCCGUUCCGCAUUGACGCCCUUGGUCUUAUUACACUCCUAGGCGCCGAGGACAUCAAUGUGUGGGUCGGCCGUCUAUCACAAAGCAAAUUCACUGAAUAUAUGCCCUUCCUCGCCGGAUUCAUUAUCGCCGGCGACCGUUUUCGGAUACCAAACCAGUCCUUCCAUUUGUAUAACAUCACCAAGGGGGUUUACACCCAUGAGCUGGCCGCCUGGUUUACCCGCUGGGUCCAAUGCCAGAAGUUCGAGACCACUCGGAGCAUUGUAAACUGGGAGGUUAUCUCGACGCCCAGGCAGAGAAUUCACGAGACUGCUCUCGCGGCCCUCCUCGCCGCCGUUCUGCUGGGGUUCCCCCUCGCGUUGACAAUCCUCUCUGGUGAUUUCUAUGGCCUCGCGAACGCCCUGGCACUAGUCGUGAUGGUUAUGGGCCGAGCGUACAUGAUCCACCUCAACCGCCGAGCGAUCGAUCGCUCGAUAUUGCGUCUGGCGCCAUCCGCCGCCGCGAAAAGUUCAAAGACCAUCGUGGUGACCCCCAACUCCAAGGUGGUGACCAUGUUCAUACCGUCGGAGUUGAUUGUUCCGGUCUUCGCGCGGAACCCCCAGGUGACUCCAGCCAAGGGCUAUGAGUGUGCCCAGUGGAUUAGCUGGGCCGCGUUUGCGGUCCAUGUUGUCGCUCUAGGCAUGGCCUGUCUAGCGACGCAGAUCUAUACCGUCGUUUUAGUCAUCGGAUCUUCCAUCUUGCUCUGCCACGGCUGGGGAUGCGACGAUGUUGUGGAUCUUAGGCGGCGGCGCGACUCGGACGGGAAUGUAGUGAGAAGAGCGUACACCUGCUUGAUCGGAUCCCGUUUGAAGGCAACAGUCUUUGAAUGGCCUGCCGACUUUGAGUUUAGACAGCUAUCGCCGAAGUCCUGGGCACUUCGCGGGAGCUCUAAUAACCCUGCCUUGGAGGACGAGCGCUCCGCCAGACGUAUGGAUCUUUAUGCGUGGCUGGAUCUAUCCAACGAAGAAGAAAACAGCCUAGUGAAGUGGGAUCUUAUUCCGCACCAUCGCAAUGGAGACGGCUCUUGGGACACUGAGUUCAAGGCCAAGCAGAAAUUAAUCCGGGAACUGCAACCAAGCAUCCUGCAAAUCAUGGACGAUGCAAUCAAUCAUAGGAACAACAACAAUCAGCGACGAGAGAAGCUCGCUUCGGAUUGUGAGGCCAUCAUUGAGAUAAAAGACUCUGGCUCAGUCAAACAAUGCGAAACCCAGACGCGCCAACGCCCAUCAUCAGGGGGUAUCUGCUGA